AUGUGUCGAACAGUUAGAAUAUUAAAUGGUUAUUGGGGCUACCAUCGUCAAGGGUCAUGUCAGGCUGGCUUCGACGCUGUCAUUACCAAGGAUGGAGAGCGUAUGUUCAUCGGAGCUCCCGGAGCGUUCUACUGGCAGGGUCAGAUCCACUCUCAGAGCGUCAGUACGAGAAACGACUACCAGAUGACCUGGGAGGGCCCUGCGAGCGAUGAUGACCAGUACCUAGGGUAUUCAGUGGCCGUCGGGGACUUCACAGGAGACGGGCAGGAGGACGUGGCUCUCGGAGUGCCUAAGGGCCUCAACUACACAGGAAAGUCCCUUCAGGAACAGGAGCCAAAGAAGGCGCAGCAGGGCCAGCAGAGAGCUCGCCUCUGGAAGUACCUUGGGCAGCGUCCGCCCGUGACGGCCGAAGGGCCUCAGACGUGGCAGGAGUGGUUCGAACAGACGGGCUUCCUCUUCCGCCCCAGCGGGCAGGUGGGGUACUCCCGAACCUACGUGUGGAACAUGACCAGGGCGUCCCUCAAGCGCCCCUCGUACGGCUCCUACAGCAUUGGCCUGGGCGAGUUUGACGGUUUCCCCGGGGAGGACGUGGUAGUGGGCGUGCCCCGCGGGCCCGAUCCGGCGGGCGUCCUCACGGGCCAGGUAGAGUAGCGAAGAGAUCGCCGGCGCCGCAGCGCAAAGCGUCGGCGCCGCGCGUGCAUCGCCCCCACUGCGGCUUCCCUUGUCCUGUCCGUCCCCUGUAGCCCUUCCUUGCCUUUGAUGUUGUCAUGUGUGCGCUGUCAUUGCCGCUGUCUAUUGCUGUUGCCGUUGCACGCCCACUCUCUCUGUAGACGCGCGAAUAAUUCAUGCUUCGCGACAUUCGCGUGGAGUCUUAUGUUUCAGCUCCUCCUCGCGUCAAUUUCGCGAGGGGACAAAUUUCCAGGAUUUGGAACAGGACGGGGCCGCGCCCCUGCGGCCCGG